AUGGCACCCAUGACUAGACCACAGGGCAUCUUCCACAGACCAUCAGCGUCCAACGUAUCAUCACACGAAGAUGAUAACCUAGCGCGCGUAUUCGUCGGUCGAGGCGAGAAGAUGAAGGAGUUCCGUAUCAACAAGCAGAAGCUCAGCAACGCUGCCACCUUCUUCGAGGAUCAGCUGGAUGCCACACCAGCCGGCGUCAAGGUGACGCCCAACCAGACACCAGUGCCGGUAUGGUUGCCGCAACAAAAGUCGACUAUCCGCCUUCCCAAUGAAUCCGCCUCCAUGUUCGAGCUCUUCGUAGUAUGGCUGCAUCAGAGAGACGGCUUCCGUAGACACCUUGACGAGAUGAUCACUCUCGUCAGCGAUGCCCCUGGCGUCCCGUGCCAACGGCUUCACUGGGCUCUAGUCCGCCUUCACAUCUUCGCUGCUCGGCUCGACCUGCACCACUUGCAAGACCUUGCGAUUGAUGCCUUGCAAGACAUCUACCUCCGCUGCGACUGGGAUGUCACACCUCGCUUCGUUCAAUACGUUUACGGCCAGUGCGAUGCCGAGUCAUCGAUGCGGAUUCGGAGGUGGACCGUGGCGAUGGUGGCCUGGUCUGUUGCUGGAGGUUCGUCGUCGAUCGUAAAGGACGAUGGCGGACUCGAAAGGUUUCAGGAAAUGUUUGAACGCUUCCCCGACUUCGCAACCGAGUUCACCUCGCAUCUGCGCAAGAUGAAGUCCAGCAAGCUGGACACACGCAUCAAGAACCCUCAACUGCGCAUCCCGGCUAACAAGCUUCGUAACGAAGAGCGCCAAUUCGGUUUUCGGCAAUGUUCGUUCCACAGCCAUCGGGCUGCCGUCGGCGAGCGUAGGUGUCCCCAUACCACGGCCAGCAGAGAGCUGGAUAAUUUUCUGCUUGUGCCGCUGGUGAUGGAGGUUGCUCCAGAACCAAGCCGUUGCCACUCCCGUCGCGAUAUGCGGAUACCCCAACCUCCUUUCCGCCGAGAGCGGAUGCCUUACACCGCGCAGGUGUUUUAA